AUGUCUCAUCGAAAGGUCAUUGAGAGGCUUCUUAUCGAAAAUGAGCAAAACAAUGAUGCUCUGCCUGAUAUGGGUCCCGUGAUUCCAACCAACAUUCCUACAGUUCCUAUCAUCGUCGCAACGUCGAAUCCCAUCUUCCCCAAGUUUAAGCGAAUCAUAGAAGUUAACGAUCCAGUGUUGCAAAAACUUAUUUUAAAGAAUAUCGGCCUCAAGUUUCCAUAUGCCGGCAUUUUUGUUAGACAAGACGACACUAUCGAUGAUAACGUGGCAUCUUCUGUUUCCGAAUUGUACACUACUGGCACUUUGGUCCAGAUCGAAGAAUGUGUCGAAAUGAAAUCGUCCCUUCGCCUUCUAAUCAGCGGCAUUCGAAGACUAACCCUCGACGGCGCCAAUGCCGAACGUAAUAUGAAAAUCGAAAACAACAACAAUCGCAUUUUCUGGGGUGACGUUUCGAAUGUGAAAGAAAAUCUAAUCAUCAACGAGCAGACAAAAGCACUGAGCGCGGAAAUCAUUCAAAGUUGCCGUGAUUUAAUUCAAAUUAAUCAACUUUACCGAGAAGCUGUUCAUCAAAUUUUGAGCCAGGGAGUGCGGGUUGUCGAUGAUGCCGCGUUUUUGGCCGAUUUCGGAGGCGCCUUGUCCAGUGGCGAUACAGCAGAGAAGAUGGCGAUCUUGACGGAGAAAAAUAUUGAAGUCAGACUUGCGCUCUCCCUCGAGCAAAUUAAAAAGGAGCUGCAGCUUUCACGAAUACAACAGGACAUCGGAAAGAAAGUCGAGGAAAAAGUUCGAAAAGCGCACGAAGAUCACAUGCUCCGCGAACAGCUCAAGGUCAUUAAGAAGCAGUUAGGAAUGGAAAAAGACGAUAAAGAAACCGUCAUUCAAAAGUUCCGAGAUGCUAUCAAGGAUAAGGUGAUUCCAGAAGCUGUGAAGACGGUGAUUGAUAAUGAACUCGGACGACUCGAGUUUUUGGAACCAGCAGCCUCUGAGUUCCAAGUAGCAAGGAAUUAUCUAGAUUGGCUUACUGUAUUGCCAUGGGGAACAGAAACUGAGGACACUUUGGAUCAAAAUGCCGCUCAAACUAUUCUUGAUGAAGAUCAUUACGGAAUGAAGGAUGUAAAAGAUAGAAUACUGGAGUUUAUCUGCACAUCACAACUAAGAGGAAGUGUCCAGGGUAAAAUUCUCUGUUUUCAUGGUCCUCCUGGUACCGGUAAAACCUCUAUCGCCAAGUCUAUCGCUCGCUCACUGGGUCGCAAAUACUACCGAUUUUCUGUCGGUGGAAUGUCAGAUGUAGCUGAAAUAAAAGGACAUAGAAGAACUUAUGUCGGUGCAAUGCCUGGAAAACUCGUGCAAUGUUUGAAAAAGACUCAGUCAGAAAACCCGUUGAUUCUUAUUGAUGAGAUCGACAAACUCGGCCGUGGAUAUCAAGGCGAUCCUAGCUCCGCUCUUUUGGAGUUGCUCGAUCCGGAGCAGAAUGUUGGAUUCCUCGAUCAUUAUUUGGAUGUUCCAAUCGACUUGUCUAAGGCGUUGUUUAUCUGCACGGCGAAUGAUAUUAGCACAAUCAGUGGGCCGCUCCGUGAUCGAAUGGAAAUGAUCGAAGUCGCGGGCUACAUCACCGAUGAAAAGGUCGAAAUCGCAAAGAAAUAUUUAAUCCCAAAGUCGCACGAAGAAACAGGAAUCACGGAGGAAGACAUUUCGUUCAGCCGAGAGGCGCUAGUGUAUCUUAUUGACAAGCAUUGUCGGGAGUCUGGUGUCCGAAACUUGCGAAAACACAUCGAGAAGAUCUUCAGAAAGGCCUCGCGAAAAGUCGUAAAUGGAGAGAAAGUGGAAGUAACAGUGGACAACUUGAAAGACUUCGUUGGACCUGCUGUCUUUACCAAGGAUCGCAUGUAUGAUGACCCACCAGCUGGUACUGUUUGUGGUCUGGCUUGGACAUCCAUGGGCGGAUCGGCUCUCUACGUCGAAACUGCCAUCGUUGAAUCAAGUGACGGAAAAGGCACUCUCAAGGUGACCGGGAACAUCAAAGACGUCAUGAAAGAGUCUACGUCGAUUGCUUAUACUGUCGCAAAGAACAUCCUUGCCGGCACAAAGCACGCCGACUUUUUCAAAAACAACAACUUGCAUCUUCACUUCCCAGAAGGCGCCACGCCAAAGGAUGGCCCAAGCGCCGGCGUGACGAUUGUUUCAGCUCUGUUGUCUCUUGCCACUGGAGUUCCAAUUCAGGAUGUCGCGAUGACUGGAGAAAUCUCGUUAAAUAAAAAGGUUCUUGCUGUCGGAGGAAUCAAAGAAAAGAUUCUCGCUGCCAAACGAGCUGAAAUCAAGAAGGUCUUCCUGCCCGUUGACUGUUUGAACGAGUACAACAAGCUCGACGACGUCAUCAAGGAAGAAAUCGAAAUUGUCUUCGUCAAAGAAUAUCGCGAAAUCCAAGAGCAGCUUUUCAAGCCAACUGAUUUCUAA